AAAUCACAUCUUUCCUCUCAGAUUUCGAAAUUGACCCGUCGGUGUUUCUUCAUCUCUCCUCUGCUUCUUCUUCCUCUCUCACCAAAUUCGAUUAGUUCCCUUAGGCGAAAAAAAAACCCGCCAUGGAUCUACAGCCAGAAGAACUCCAGUUCUUGACGAUCCCUCAUCUACUUCAAGAAUCCAUCUCAAUCAAGAAACGUUCUCCAAGAACCUUCUACCUCAUAACCCUAUCCCUAAUCUUCCCUCUCUCCUUCGCCAUCCUCGCUCACUCGCUCUUCACUCAGCCGAUCCUCGCCAAGCUCGACUCGUCCGACCCUCCAAACUCGGAUCGUUCCCGUCACGACUGGACCGUACUCCUCAUCUUCCAGUUCAGCUACCUCAUCUUCCUCUUCGCCUUCUCUCUCCUCUCUACCGCCGCCGUAGUCUUCACCGUCGCUUCUCUCUACACCGGAAAACCUGUCUCCUUCUCCUCCACCAUCUCCGCGAUCCCCAAAGUCUUCAAACGUCUCCUGAUCACUUUCCUCUGGGUUGCUCUGUUGAUGUUUGCUUACAACGCCGUGUUCUUCGUUUUCCUAGUGAUACUCUUCGUAGCUCUCGAUUUGAAUAGCAUAGGUCUUGCGGUUAUCGCCGGAAUCUUGAUCUCUGUGCUCUAUUUCGGUGUUCAUGUGUAUUUCACUGCGUUGUGGCAUCUAGGUAGUGUGAUCUCUGUUCUUGAGCCGGUUUAUGGAUUAGCUGCUAUGAGAAAAGCUUAUGAGCUUCUCAAAGGGAAGACUAAGAUGGCUAUGGUGUUGGUCUUUGUUUACCUUUUGGUGUGUGGAUUGAUCGGAGGAGCUUUUGGAGGGAUUGUGGUUCAUGGAGGAGGAAAGUUUGGGACUUUGACUAGGACUCUUGUUGGUGGGUUGCUUGUUGGUGUUCUUGUGAUGGUGAAUCUUGUGGGUUUGUUGGUUCAGAGUGUGUUUUACUACGUUUGCAAGAGUUAUCAUCACCAGGCGAUUGAUAAGUCGGCUUUGUAUGAUCAUCUUGGUGGAUAUCUUGGUGAUUAUGUGCCUCUUAAAAGCAACAUUCAGCUGGAGAAUUUAGACUUUUGAAUUUAUGGAAUUGAGCAGAGGAUGAAGAAGAAGAAGCUCAAGAGAUUCUGGUACUGUUUCCUCUCUCUCUCUCUCUCUCGAUGUAUGUUGAAUUAUGUAAGAUUUUGAGAGAAGAGAAGAAGAAGUAGAAUGUAGAAUCUGAAUAAUAGUUGUAAUGUUGAUGUGUAUGUAUAGACUCACACUCUUUGUUGGUGUUUUGAUUUGAUUAAUCCAUGGUUUUAAGGAUAUUGACUUUGCCA